AUGGUUUAUGUUUGGUUUGAUGAUGCUGAUGAUGAUGAGGAUGAUGGUGCUGAUGCUAAUGAUGAUGGUGAUGCUGAUGAUGCUGAUGAUGAUGAUGCUGAUGAUGAUGCUGAUGAUGCUGAUGAUGGUGAUGCUGAUGAUGGUGAUGAUGCUGAUGAUGCUGAUGAUGCUGAUGAUGCUGAUGAUGCUGAUGCUGAUGGUUUAUGUUGGUUUGAUGAUGCUGAUGGUUUAUGUUUGAUU